AUGAGCAUACUGCAGCGAAUCACCAGUGAAAACGCAUCGGAUGUCCGCCGCAAGAAGCAGCCGCUGGUGCUGAAGAAGAUUAGCGACUCGUUUAUCGAGACCUUUUUGCUGUUCAAGGACAAUCUGUCAUUGCGCGAGCAGUAUGUCAACUACUAUGGCGAUAUCAGACUCGGCAAGGUGCUCGAGGACCUCGACCGUUUGGCUGGGGCCGUCGCAUACAAGCACGCGUCUGACGCCAAUGGCGAUCUGGCCCCGAUCGUCUUUGUUACGGCUUCCGUCGACCGUAUUGAUCUUAAGACGAACCUGAGCCCGAACAAAAACUACCGCAUUUUUGGCACUGUGACAUAUGCUGGCUACAGUUCACUGGAGAUCUGCAUCCAGGCGCAGUCAGUUCCGGCGCCUGGUGAGACUGCAGACCCAGAAUCCAACCUUGUUGGGCGCUUUACCAUGGUCGGACGCGAUAAGUACACAGGCAAGGCCUCGCAAGUUAACCCACUGCUGCUGGAGGAUGAGAGCCAGCGGAGGCUUGUCAAGGUGUCCGAGCAGAUUAAGGAGCACAAGAAGAAGGCUGCAGAGUCCGAUCUGUCCAAGCGGCCACCCAGUGCAGAGGAGCGUCUGGUCAUCCACCAGCUGUGGCUCGACACCAGCAAAUAUCAGGGCAGCAUGUACGGGUUGCACGUCAGUCCACCAUCAGACAUAGUGUGGUUGGACCAGACCACCAUGGAGUCAGUCACAGUGUGCUUCCCAUCUGAGCGCAAUGUGCACAACAAGAUAUUUGGAGGCUAUCUCAUGCGUCUCGCACAUGAGCUGUCGUUUGCCAAUGGGUCUGUCUUUACAAAGUCCCGCCCAUCAUAUGUUUCACUGGACGACUUUUCGUUCAAAAAACCCGUCAAUAUUGGCUCCAUUUUGCGCCUCAAGUCGCAGGUCGUUUAUUCAGAGCCCGAGAGCAAGACGUUCCAGGUCGCCGUCUCUGCUGAUGUCAUCGACAACAUGAAGAACUCAACAGAGCGCACUAACACUUUCUACUUUAACUUUUGCUGCCCCAGUGGUGUUGUGCGCCGUGUUGUGCCCCGCUCGUAUGAGGAUAUGAUGAAGUAUCUGGAGGGACGUCGCCGUGCGCAGACGGGCAAAAUCAUCUCCAAGCUGCAGAGUGCAAUGCAAAAACAGUAG